UCCAGCGAAGGAGCUUUCGAGGUGCAGCUGCUGAAGAAGAUGGGCUGCUUUAAGKUGAUGGAGCUGCUGUACUCGCGCCUCCCCAAGGAGGAGCUUUACUCCAAGGAGUCCCGCAUCAAUCAGGCCUACUGUCGCUCCGACAGGACGGAGGGAAACGAGCUGUCCAAAGUUCUAAUCAAGUCGUGUUUCGAAGCCUUCACUGAGAACAUGGCAGGUGAGACUCAYCUGCUGGAGCUCAGGAGAGUUUUUCACUGCGCCGCAUACAACUGUAACAUCGCCGUCAUCAGCUGCAGCUUCAACGAGCCCAAGUUCUACCAGGGCUUCCUCUUCAGUGAGAAACCAGAGAAGAAUCAAUUUAUUCUUGAGAACAUCAUCGAUGUUCAAAGGACCUACAAUUUUCCCAUUGAAAUUGAGGUUCCGCUUGAGAGGAAGAAGAAAUAUUUUCUGAUUCGUAAAGAAAUUAGUGAGGAGAGCGGAGAAGCACCUGUGUACCUGUCCUCCCAGUCGUACAUGGCCGACAGCAGCCUGAGUGAAGAGAUGAGUCAGUUUGACUUCUCCACAGGAGUCCAGAGCUUCUCCUUCAACUCCCAGAACCCAGAGGGACCCAAACGAGCCGCUUUGAAAAAGGAGACGGAGGACAGAAGUCCCUCCCAGGACGCCAUGGUGGACCUGGAAAUGGACGAGCUGAACCAGCACGAGUGCAUGACGACCAUGACGGCUCUGAUCCAGCACAUGCAGAGAAACAAUAUAACCCCGAAAACCCAGCAGGGCGGUCCGGCUCCGGAGCUUCCUCCAUGGAUGAAGUUUCUUCAUGUAAAGUUGGUGAAUCCGGCCACGCCUCUGAACAUACGACUCUUCAUCUCAAAGCUGAUCAUAAACUCAGAGGAGGUUUUUCGUCCAUAUGCCAAGCACUGGCUCGGCCCGCUCCUGCAGCUCGUUGUCUCUGGGAACAACGGAGGAGCRGGGAUCCACUUCAUGGUGGUGGACGUGGUGGUGACGGUUCUGUCCUGGACCGGUCUGGCCACACCCAAGGGUAACCCCAGAGACGAAGUCCUCGCCAACCGGCUGCUGGAGUUUCUGAUGAAGCACUGCUUCCACUCCAAACGAGCCGUUUUCCGCCACAACCUGGAGAUCAUUCGCACCGUGGUGGAGUGCUGGAAGGACUGCCUGCUGGUGCCGUACAGUCUGAUACACGAGCGGUUCUGUGGCACCGACCCGAACAGCAAAGAUAAUUCUGUUGGACUGCAGCUGCUGGGAAUCAUCUUGGCCAACAACCUUCCUGCUUACCAAGCUUCCUGUGGGAUCGACUACGACAGGUACAUCCAGGCGCUCAUCAACAACGUGUCCAUCAGGUACAAAGAGGUCUACUCUGCUGCAGCUGAAAUUAUCGGCCUCAUCCUUAAAAGUACAGUUGAAAUGGGCAACCAACAUGAAGAGCUCCUGAAUCUGGCUGCAACAAAAAUAAUCAACCUGAAGAAUGAUCUGGCCGAUAAGUUCAUCAUCUGCCUGAACAAAGUCUCCAAACACUUUCCUCCGUUCAUGGAUCGGUUUGUGAACCACGUGUUCUUCCUGCUGCCGAAGCUGCACGGCGCCUUGAAGACGUUUUGUUUGGAGUGCGUUUUAAGUCGAGCUGAUGUCAUUCCAGACAUCUUUCUGCAGCUGAAGACCACAGGACUCACUCAGAUCAUGAGCCACAGGGAUGAUGCCAGGCAGAGAGUGUGUCUGGAUAUCAUCCACAAGAUCACGGCUCGUCUGACUCCAGCUGAGCUUCAGGAGUUCCUGGGACCUGUGACGUCUUUCAUCUCCCAUCCUUCACCGGUGUGCAGAGAGAGGAUGUACGAGAUCCUCAUGUGGGUCCAGGACAACUACAGUGAUGAAGAAAGCAUGAAGGAUAAAACCUCUCUGGAGAUUUUAAAUGCAGCUAAAGAAGCACUGCUUCAGGGGUUAUCAGAGGAAAACCAAGGCCUUCAGCUCUACGUUCGUAACUUCUGGAGCCAGGAGAAGCGCCUCCCCACCGCCACCCUGGAGCGGAUGUUGACGGUGCUCAGGUCUCUGUACUCGGGUCAGAUAGAGAGGUGUUUCCUGAGCCUGGCCACCAACCUGCUGCUGGAGAUGACCAGCCAGAGUCCGGACUUCCAGAGGAACAUGUUUGAGUAUCCUCUGUCAGAGUGCACCUUCCAGGACUGUGUGAUUGACUCCAACUGGCGCUUCAGGAGCACAGUGAUGACCCCCAUGUUUGUAGAAACUCUAAGCUCUCAGGGCUCAGAGAGCGCAGCUUCCUCCCAGUACGAAUCCAUGAGGGGAAAGCUCCGAGCCACGCAGACGUCCUUAGAGUUCAGCCAAACCCAAACCCCAGGGAGACGGUCAGCGUAUAACUGGCUGACGGACAGCAGCGUGGACACGUUGGCAGAUUACUCUCUGGGCUCAGAGUCCCUGUCGUCUCUGCUCGUGUUCGAUAAGAAAACGGAGCGGCGGGCGGCGGCGAGGCGACCCGUCGGAGAGGGUUUCGGUCUGAGGCGCCUGACAGCCUCGACAGACGAGGUGGACAGCCGGACCAGAGCUGAGAACGAGCGACGCAGCAGCAUUCUGAGGCUGAGACGCAGGUUCCUCAAGGAUCAGGAGAAAGUCAGCUUGGGUUUCGCACAAAAGGAGAUCCAGCAGCAGAGGUGGAAGAAGGAAGAAAAGGCUGAUCAGAGGCUGCGUAAAGAAGCUCAGGUGACURUGUACCGGAGCUACAGGUCAGGAGACUUCCCAGACAUUCAGAUCCCGUUCAGCAGCCURAUCGCUCCUCUGCAGGCUCUCGCUCAGAGAGACCCCAUCCUGUCCAAGCAGCUGUUCAGCUCCCUUUUCACGGGCGUCCUCCAGGAGAUGGAGAGGAGCCGCGGUCCAGAGGAGAGCAGGAGGAUCAAAGAGGAGCUGCGGAGCAACAUGAACUCCUUCCUGAGCAGGAGCACGCUCUGCUUCCCUCCCUUCAUAGCGUGUGUGCAGGACAUGUGCUACCGGCACCAGGAGCUGCAGCAGCUGGACCCUGCAGCCGUCAGCUCCACCUGCCUGGUGAGCCUCCAGCAGCCGUCCGGCAUCCUGCUGCUGGAGGAGGGUCUGCUGCAGGCCGCCGGCCCGGAGGAACGUCCCGCCAAACGCUCACGAGGACGCCGAGAUGUCCCUCCAGACACCAACAAAUGGAUCCACCUCGCGAGGCUUUACAGAUCUUUGGAGGAUUACGACGUCGUGCGAGGAAUCUUUGGSAGUAAAGUUGGAACGAAGCCGAUCACCUGCGCCGCUCUUCAGGCCGAAGCUAACACAGACUUUGCCGAAGCCGUGACGCUUUACAACCAGGCUCUGAACACAGAGGACUGGCCUGACGGAGAGCCCACUGAAUCUGAGAAGGAUUUCUGGGAAAUAGCUGCCAUGGAGGCCUACAGUCAGCUGACGGAGUGGAAGUCUCUUCAGUACUGUUCCACGGUUUACAUCGAUGAAAACACUCCGCCCAACCUGGAGAAGAUGUGGUCAGAGCCUUUCUACCAGGAAAUGUAUCUGCAGCACAUGAUCCGCAGCAUGCUGAAGCAGCUGCAGCUGGGCGAGAGCGACCAAACCCUCCUCAGCUUCAUCGAUGGCGCCAUGAAGGUGGAGGAGCGCAAGAAGCUGCUGGAGAGUCACUACAGCCGGGAGCUCAGCCUGCUCUACAUCCUGCAGGAGGACUACGACCGCGCCAAGUUCUACACCAACCAUGCCCUGCAGCUCUUCAUGGAGAGUUACUCCAGUGUGGACACGCUCCUGACUCAGAGUCGACUGACGGUCRUGCAGUCGGUCCAGGCCUUGACCGAGAUCCAGGACUUCCUGCUGUUCAUCAAAGGAGACGUAUCUGUGAGUUCUCUGAGGCGCCUCAUCAGGUCUUGGACGGAUCGAUACCCUGAUGCUAAAGUGGAUCCGGUGAACGUGUGGGAUGACAUCAUUACGUCUCGAUGUUUCUUCCUGGACAAGAUCAGGGAGAAGCUGAGAGGCCACGCUCCCAGCGACAGCAUGGACAUGGACGAGUCCCAGGACCCCGCAGGAGACGUCGAGACGAUGGUGAACGACUGCAAGUUCAACAUGAAGCUGCGCAUGGCCGACAGCGCCUGUCAGCAGAAAAACUUCCCGGUUGCCACCAAGCUGCUGAAGGAGCUUCACAGAGAGGCUAAAACUAACCGAGGAUGGCUGCUGCCGUGGGUCCACUGCUUCAGCUGCUAUAACCACAAACGUAGCCAGACCCAGGGUCCUUUGGAACAGAUCAGUGCCAUGCUGAAGACCAUCCCACUGCUAGAGGAGCUUCAGGCUGACUGUCACAGUGCCGCGGCAAAAGUAUUCCGACACCAGAAGAUCCUCCAGGGUACAUCGUUCCACAUCCUGGCCUCAGCUGUCAGCCGAAGCCCAUCAGUCCUGGGAACUAUUGACCGCGACAAAUCUGAGAGAGUGGUUCAGCUUUCAGGAGCUGCUCGGUCCAAUGAAAACCCAAAGGAAGUGGAAGUAGGCCUGCAGUUGCGAGCUUUGAAGUUGCUGCGGGAGGCAACCAAGAAGGCCGACGAGGAGCUCCAGUCCUACGCUCAGGACUUCGUGGAGACCAGCGGGAUCACGGAGACGUACAUGGCUUUGGCAAACUUCUGUGACAAGCUGCUGCGAAACGAGGAGCAGAGCGAUACGGAGAGCCAGUUUCCAGAGGUUCUGGCUCUGCCGGUCCAUGUGGUAGAGAGCAUGUUGAAAGCCCUGAAGAUGAACUCUGAAGAGGCUCGACUCAAGUUCCCUCGUCUGCUUCAGAUCAUUGAGCUGUACCCAUCUGAGACACUGGACCUCAUGACUAAAGAGAUGACAUCAGUACCAUGCUGGAUCCUUAUCAGCUGGAUCAGUCAGAUGGUGGCUCUGCUGGACAAACCUGAAGCUGUGGCGGUGCAGCACUCCGUGGGGCAGAUAGCAGAGUUCUACCCCCAGUCUCUGGUUUACCCCCUCAUGAUCAGCAGUGAGAGUUACCGCUUUGAAGACUCGGCCACGGGCCACCAGCAGCGGGAGUUUGUCAGCAGGCUCAGGAGCUCUCUGGAUAAAGAAGUUGCUGUGAAGAACUUUGUGGAUGCCCUGCAACAGUUCACGAACCCUGAGAUGAUUUUUAAGGACUGGUGGGACYGUGUCAAAAGUGAGCUGGAAAAGCCGACGUUUGACCAGAAGCAGAUGAGCGACCUGUACGAGGAGAUGCGCUCCCUGCUUGGGGAUCGGAACGCAGCCGGACAUGGAGCGUUUCGCAAGAAGUUCAUUCAGAAAUAUUUCAAAGACUUGGAGAAGCUGUUGGGACCAAAGGGAAGCACGCUGUUUGCGAAGAGGACGGACAAAACCUUUCUGGGACAGGUGGACUCGUUGGCAUCGUCCAUGCGUGACUUUCAGAAGGACCCGGGGAACCUGAAGGAGUACUCUCCCUGGCUGAGUGGAUUUAAAGCCAACCUGUUUGGGAACGAGCUGGAGAUUCCAGGACAGUACGAUGGCCGAUCUAAACCCUUACCUGAGUAUCACGCCAAGAUAACAGGCUUCGAUGAAAGGGUAAAGGUGAUGUCAUCCAUCCGUCGCCCCAAACGCCUGAURAUCCGCGGGGAUGACGAGCGAGACCACCCCUUCCUGGUGAAGGGCUGCGAGGAUCUGCGUCAGGACCAACGCAUCGAGCAGCUGUUCGCCGUCAUGAACAUUCUGCUGAGUCAUGAUACAACCUGCAUGCACCGGGGCUUGCAGCUCCGCACCUAUCAGGUCAUUCCCAUCACAACCAGAAUUGGUUUGAUUGAGUGGAUGGAGAACACGUGUACUCUGAAGGAGUUCCUGAACAACACCAUGACUGAUGAGGAGCAGCAAAGAGCGAGGAGUUGUCCUGAAAUGCACACAAAGUGGCUCGAAACCUUUGGUUCUACCAAAUCUGCCAUUGUACGUUAUGGACUGGCUUACAGGAAAGCUAAACGUGUCGACGCCGUGAACAACUUCCUGAAGGUUCAGCAGCAGGUUCCCAGUGAUCUGCUGAAGAGGUCGUUCCUGAAGAUGUGCAGCAGCCCCGAGGCCUUCCUGUCGCUGCGCUCCCACUUCAUCAGCUCCCACGCRCUGCUCUGCGUCAGCCACUGGAUCCUGGGGAUCGGAGACCGCCACCUCUCCAACUUCAUGAUCGACAUGGAAACAGGAGGCAUGAUCGGCAUCGACUUCGGUCACGCCUUCGGCUCAGCCACGCAGUUUCUCCCGGUGCCGGAGCUCAUGCCUUUCCGGCUGACCCAACAGUUUGUGGGUCUGAUGCAGCCGCUGAAGGAGUCCGGUUUGAUCCAGAGCAUCAUGGUCCACUCGCUGCGGGCCUACCGGGCCGAGCCGGACCUUCUGCUGAACACCAUGGACGUGUUUGUGAAGGAACCCUUACUGGACUGGAAGAACUUUGAGGUGAAACAACUGAAGAAAGGCGGGACGUGGACGGAGAGCGUGGACACCAAAGAAAUCAACUGGUUCCCUCUGCAGAAGGUCAACUUCYCCAGGAGGAAACUAGACGGAGCCAACCCAGCUGCUAUAACCAGUGAGGAGCUGAAGCUGGGGUUUGAGAAGGACGCAGCGUUCCCGGGGAUGCGCUCCGUAGCUCUGGGAUCGGAGGAGCACAACGUCCGYGCGACGCUCCCCACCGAAGGUCUGUCUGUGGAGAAGCAGGUGGACUGCCUGCUGGACCAGGCCACGGACCCCAAUGUGCUGGGCAGGGUCUGGGUAGGCUGGGAGCCGUGGUUCUGAAGGUUCUGUUUAGCGGUUCAAAACGGUCCAGGCGUCAGUCGUUAGAAGGAAAAGACGUGUCGACUUUUCUGUUUGGACCUUUGUGGUGAAAAUAAGGGAAAUCAAACAAAUCUGGAACACUAAGAUUAAAUGGGAAAUUAAACAAUUUAUUACAAACUUA